AUGCCCCUGAUCUUCCUAACCGGCGGCAGCGGCUAUCUCGGCCAAGCCAUAACGACCCACGCCCUCUCCAAGAACUACACCAUCCACUCCCUCUCACGCAGCCCCGAAAGCGACGCCAAAAUUACCUCUCUCGGUGCAAUCCCCAUCCGCGGCGACCUCACCACCCUCUCCGUGCUCCUUGAACAAAGCCAAAAGGCAGAUAUAGUCAUCCACCUAGCGGACCCAAUGGCAGGAAACUACUCUCUCCCGUACGAAGAACGCAUCCGCAUCGACGACGAAGCAGUCACUGCCAUCGCCGAGGGAUUAGCUGGAAGCGACAAGCCGCUUGUAGUGACCUCCGGAUCAUUGGAAGGGAAGGCGCUGAAUGAGCGGAUUGUUUCUGAGAGGAAGAAUCUGAGGUGGGUGCGGGAGAAAGGGGUGAAGGUUAUUGUGAUUCGGCUGCCGCCCUUUGUGUAUGGACGGGGAGGGAGUGGGGUGGGGUUGUUUAUGGGGAUGUUUUGGAAUGGUGGCGAUGGAGGGAAGAAGGAGGUGAAGGUUAUUCGGGAGGCGGAGGGGGUGGUUACAUCCGCGGUGCAUGUUGAGGAUGCGGCCGAGUUGUAUUUGCUUGCUGCGGAAAGGGCUGGCGCUGGGGACGUGUUCAAUGGGUGUUCGGAGUGGGGGGUGACGUUUGGGGAGUUGGGGAGGGCAAUGGCGGAUGUUUUGGGGGUUGGGGUUGAGGUUGUGGGGUUUGAGGAGGCGAAGAGGGUGUGGGGGGAGUUCUUUGCGAGGUUUUUGAGUACGGAGAAUAGGGCUUCUGGGGGGAAGGCGAUGAGGGUGCUGGGAUGGGUGCCGAAGAAGGUUGGGAUCGUGGAGGAGGUGAGGUAUGGGUCGUAUGUUGGGGUGGCGGAGAGGUUGAGGAGUGGUGCUGCUUGA